AAAAGCAACAAGCACACAUAGUUUCGGAGAGACGUGUAAGACUCAACAGUGUCGCCACUUGAAGACGGGCAGGGUUUUGAGAGGAGAGAGGAUGGCACGGCAAGGCGCAGCCUCCAUGUUCGCUACGGCUUUGCUCCUCGUGGUCUUUGCCAACAUCUCACCAAGCGUGGAGUCCGUCGGGGUGUCCUACGGCAUGAGCGGCGACAACCUGCCGCCGGCGAGCACCGUCGUCGGCAUGUACAAGGCCAACGGCAUCCCGCUGAUGCGGAUCUACGCGCCGGACCAGGCGGCCCUCCAGGCGGUGGGCGGCACGGGCAUCCGCGUCGUCGUCGGCGCGCCCAACGACGUGCUGUCCAGCCUCGCCGCCAGCCCCGCCGCGGCCGCCUCCUGGGUCCGCAACAACAUCGAGGCCUACCCGGACGUCACCUUCCGCUGCGUCUGCGUUGGCAACGAGGCGGAGGGCGGCGCGGCGCAGGACCUGGUCCCGGCCAUGGAGAACGUCCGCGCCGCGCUCGCCGCCGCCGGCCUGGACGGCAUCAAGGUCACCACGUCGGUGUCGCAGGCCAUCCUGGGCGGGUACAAGCCGCCCUCCGCCGCCGACUUCACCGCCGAGGCCCAGGGGUUCAUGGGCCCCGUCCUCGCCUUCCUGGCCCGCACCGGCGCGCCCCUCAUGGCCAGCGUCUACCCCUACUUCAUCUACGCCACCAACCCGUCCGCCAUGGACCUCAGCUACGCGCUCUUCACCGCCCCCGGCGCCGUCCUGCAGGACGGCACCUACGGGUACCAGAACCUCUUCGACGCCACCGUCGACUCCUUCUACGUGGCCAUGGGCAAGAACGGCGGCUCCGGGGUGACUCUGGUCGUGUCGGAGAGCGGGUGGCCGUCCGCCGGCGGCGUCGCGGCGUCGCAGGAGAACGCCGCCCUCUACAACCAGAACCUGAUCAACCACGUCGGCAGGGGGACGCCGCGCCACCCGGGCGCCAUCGAGACCAUCCUCUUCUCCAUGUUCAACGAGAACCUCAAGGAGAGCGGCGUGGAGCAGAACUGGGGGCUCUUCUACCCCAACACGCAGCGCGUCUACCCCAUCAGCUUCAACUGAUCGAAUUAAGAAGCUGGCUACUAGCUAGCUCUCGAUCCAGUACUCAUCUACAGCUCUACUCUACUCAUCGUACGUCCGUACGUCAAUAAGUAUAUACGCAUACGUAUGCAACAUUUAUACUUCUGCAUCGCAGGAGAUUGUGUAUUGGCGAUGGGAUUGCUUGGCGACCACACGGGGAGUCGGGGAGUAUCGAAUGCUACUCUCACUCUCGCAGAUGCAUGCAUACGCCGUGAGGCAUUCUUAAUUACGUCGACAGACCAAGCAUGGUCAAAUCGACUUGUGAUCAAUAACUGUGUACUACUGUCUCGGAUUAUAUAUAUUCAAUCGAAUUAAUUUUCAAAUUUA